AUGUGGACACGUCAUCAACAAGAGCCUUCUUGUUCAGCCAUUGUUGUCUUCUUGAGCAUAAUGCCGUGGUAUCUGAUGGCGGACUUGGUGAGAACACAGUCGUCUGUGGUAUCUAUGACCCAUAGAGCCAGCAAGAAACCAAUCAACGUUGUGCUGCUGGUGCCAAAGAACAACAAGUACAUGUUUUCCUACGCCCACGUGUACCCAGCGAUGGACAUAGCCAUCAAGAAGCUAGGUCUGCAGGAGAGACUGCUCCCCGACCACUACUUCAAGGUUCGCUACAACGACACCAAAUGUCACGAGGCGAUGGGGAUGAAUCUGGCUAUCCAAUACUAUUUCCACAAACAAGUGGACGUAUUUUUCGGCCCAGUUUGUGAUUACGUCAUUGCGCCUGUUCUGAGACAGCUUACGUUCUGGAAUCUGCCAAUGAUUACACCAGGCGCCAAUGCCUGGGGCUUCGUCAAAGACAGAAAGUCAAUGUUUCCUAUGCUGACCAGAGUGGGACCUGUCAGCCAUUACUCUCUGGUUAAUUUCUUCGUCGACCAGGUUGUACGUUACAACUGGCAGAAGGUGAAAGUGGUGAGUUGA